GAGAGUGGACAGGAGAUAAAAGGGAGACUGGGGUUAGCUGGGCAUUGCCAAGAGCUGCUGGGGCUGGAAGCCAGAUCUGGACAGAGGACAGCAGUGAGGAGUGAGGCCAAGGGUCGGGGAUGGGACUGCUGGUGUUGGCCCUGGCCACGUGGCUGGGGCUGGCCGCAGCCUCUGAGGUGUUGGCCAACAACAGCCGGCUCUGCCAGGAGGCACCAGCAUGGAGGGUCAACGGCUCGAACCCCAUGGCAGGGGCGGCAGGGCAGGUGACGGUGGUGGCCCUGCUGAAGGCCAGCUGACAAUUCUGUCUGCAGCAGGCCCGCAGCCUCGGGGGCCUGCGGGAGAAGCUGUCCCGGCAGGGCACGGUGGACGUUCGCUACAUGAUUGUCAACGAGAAGGCACCGCUCUCCCGCCUCAUGUUCGGGGAGCUGGAGCGCCACGCCCCGCCGGGCGUCCCUGUCUACCAGCCGGAGCCGGAGGAGCCUGACGUCUGGCACGUCCUGGGGGGCGACAAGGACGAUUUCCUCGUCUAUGACCGGUGCGGCCGCCUGGCGUUCCAUAUCCAGCUGCCCUACAGCUUCCUCCACUUCCCCUACGUGGAGUCGGCCAUCCGCUUCACCCACAGCAAGGACUUCUGCGGCAACUGCUCCCUCUACCCCAACACCACCCGGGAGGCUAACAGUACCAUGGAGGUCCCUGUAACCCUGAGCCCGCUUCCUCAAGAAGAGGAGGAGUUGCAGACCCCAGUCUAUCAGCACAACCCCCUCCAUCAUCACCACCACCACAAGGUCAGCAGUGAGAGACCCACAGCUCUAAGUGAAGACCGUGAACCUGCCACCCGUGUUCACCGUCACCAUGAAGACCACAACCAGCUCCAUCAUAAGGAGAGCAAGCAAAAGGAAAGAAAUGAGCACUAAGCCAGGCACCUAUGCAGAACCCAGUAGUGUGCAGACCACACAAACUCGCUUCCCAGGGGUACAAAAGGACUUUCUUUGGCCUGCUGCUCUCCAACAGUGUUAUUACAACCCCCUCUAGCAUCCCCUAUGUGGGUCAUACAGGAGUGUGUGCUGUAACCAGGGAUGAAAAUCUCACUCAGACCUCCUGAGGUGCUCCAUUUCCAGCCCCAGGACUCGGUUCUGAGCCUUUCUCUGCCGUUGCCUGUGUUUCCGUGCUCAAUGAAGCCUGCUGUGCAAACCGGGAGGUCCCUGGUCACUGUUGGCUGACACUGCACGGAGAAGCAGGGCAGGGGCGGGGAGGCCAGAACUGGGAUGGGAGCGGCACUGCUGGCAUGUUCUUCCUGUCCUGGCACCCUUAGGGGUCCUGGCUGGGGAGCAAGGGAAGGAACAGAGAGUGCCCAGCAAGAUGUGAUUCCAGGGGAUGGACACACUAGGAGUGUGUGGGAGGUUGCAGCUCCCCGUGGUCUAAACUCUGCACCACCAUAGCUGUCACAUCAUGAGGACCCUCCAGGCCUUGCACGUGGGUAUGUGCAGUGGUGAUAGGUGGCCGCAAGAUGGUGGCCUUGUCCCCUCUUGGAGACCUAGGGGCUUUAUCCAGGGCCCACAGACCUGGGAGGAUGGAGAUGAGAUUCCUGACGUGUUUUCUGGGGGAGAAGCAAUAUCGGAGGGUGAUGAGGAUAUCUGGAAUACGAAUAAAACCUCUGUGAAGCGAA